AUGUUAAUAACUUAUACAACAAAUUCAUUUCCACUCAAAUAUGUACCAACAAUAUUCGAUAGUUAUGCAGUAACAGUAAUGAUCAAUGAUCAACCCCAUACUCUUGGACUUUACGAUACUGGUAAACAAUCUGGACAAGAAGCAUAUGAUCGUCUCAGACCAUUGUCCUAUACGGGAACUGAUAUUUUUCUUGUGUGUUUCAGUGUUGUUUUGCCACCCUCAUUAGAGAAUGUUCGAGAUAAAUGGUUACCUGAAUUAUCUCAUCAUAAUCCUGAAACACCAUGUAUUUUAGUUGGUACUCAAAUUGAUUUGCGUGACGACAAAGCAACAUUAGAGCAUUUGCAACGUUUAUAUAAACAACCACCUAUAACAAAACUUCAGGGCGAGAAAAUGGCAAAACAGAUCAACGCGGUUAAAUAUGUUGAAGUAUCAGCAAAAACACAAAGUGGUUUAAAAUCGGUAUUUGAUGAAGCGAUAAUAACUUUUGAAGUGUUAGUAUGUCAACCAAAAUAUAUUCAUUAUUUAUCUUAUUAUCUAUAUAUGGGCGAUAAUUUUCUAUCAGAUGAAGCACUAUUAAUUAGUUUAGCUAAUGACUUAUCAACAUACAUUGAUGAAACAACCAGUGAUUAUAAUACUGGUGUAAAUCUAUUUGAACACGAUCGAGAUACAGCAUCCUUAUUCUCUACCGCAACAUCAAAUAGUCAAUCAGUACAAGCGUCACAAAACAGUGAACUGUUGAAACCAACAUCUAUACCGUUUACAUUUACUCGUCCACUAUCUGUCUCAAAUUGUCAAACGUCAACAAUUCCAACUUCGUUUCGUACACAUUUCAAUUUGAAUAACCCUAAUGAAUUACACGAAGCCUUUUCAUUAAUUAAAAAAUCCGUUGUUCAACUUGAACGAUUAAGUGAUAAACCAACAACAAUGAUUAAAGUUCAAAAACCAUUGAAAAAGUCGUUACUAACACCAUCUUCGUCAUCGUACAAUUUAUUACCACGUGUAGUAUGUCUGAACGUAUCAAUCGAUCGUUUACAACGUCAUGUUGCUCAACAUGGUCAAAAAUUACAUUUAGAAACUUAUCAACCCGAACGAAAAGUAUCGACAUUGGUGUGUGAACGUUGUAAAGCUACAUUUUCAUCAGCAUACGCAUUACGUAAACAUCAACGUGUUCACACUCGAGAUAAACCUUUUUCAUGUGAUUUUUGUGGAUCAAAAUUUAGUCAGUGGGGAAAUUUACGUCAUCAUAUUCAACGACAUCUAGGCAUUAGUCCGUACGCAUGUCCUUAUUGUAAAAAAUCAUUUAUAGCACCAUGUAAGUUAGAAGUGCAUAUACGUGGACAUUUAGAUGAACGACCAUACGUAUGUGAACGAUGUCAAGCAACAUUCAGAUGCAACGAUGAUUUACGAAAACAUAUGAUUAUUCAUGCCGAUUAUAAACCAUUUGUUUGUUGGCUAUGUUCAAAACAAUUUUUUCAUGCCAGUAAAUUGCGUACACAUUUAAAAGAAAAACAUGAAAUUGAAGUUAUUAUACGUAAAAAAGAUGUACUAGAAUCAGGAACUGAAUAUGAGAUAACCGUUGUUAAUCAUGAUGAGUUAAAUUUAAUAAAUCAAAAACAAAAUACAAAUGAUAAACAAAUAGCUGCCGUUCCAUUGAAUAAUAUACAAGAUCAACUUCAAGAUGAAUCAUCAAUAUCUACCACAUUUCUUGAUACAACAACACCACAUAUGAUAACAUCAAUGACAGAUGAGGCAACUGAUGAUAUUAUUAAACAACAUAUACAACAAUGUUUAAACAUGAAUUAUGUUGCUGCCGAUUCAUUAGAAAAUUUUCAAACGUUAAAUGAUUUAAAUGUAUCCGAUAUUGAACAAUAUGUCAAAAAUAAUCCAUUUGUUUCAACAGCAGUUGACUCGGAAAUUCAUAAAGAUGAUACGGACGAUGAAAGAAGCCAUCAUCAUAAUCAUCACCAUCAUCAUUAUUUACAUUCUUAUAACUUUAAUCAUAAUACAUUUGAUUUAGCAGAUUUUCAAAUGUCUGAAAUCGAUAUUAGUUCAACAAAUUGGUUAGCCGUGUCCAUUCUUGAUGGGGCUUAUGUUUUUAAUUUAAAUGAUCCACUUCAAUAUCAAUUAAUUAAACAUCAAGAUCAACAAUUAUCAUUAAAACCUGAUCAAAAUAAUGAAAUGACAAAAACAAAUGAGAAUAACGAUCAUAGCGAAAUUGAAUUGAAUCGUAAUAUGAUAACAUUUUCUCCAAAUGGUAAAUAUUUAGCAUUCAAUGGUCAGAAGAAAAAACUUUAUCUUUAUGAAUAUUUAUCAACUACAAUGUCAAAUAUUUAUUGGGAAAAUUUAAAAAUUAUUCAAGUUAAAAAACGUGCAUCCGCAUUGCAUCUAACAAAUAAUCUAUUGUUUAUUGCUGAUAAAUCCGGUGAUGUUUAUAAAUAUGAGUUUUUAUUAAAAAAUGAUACGGAAACAAUAAAUGUUGAUAGUAUUAUGGGACAUUUAUCCAUGUUACUUGAUAUUUGCUAUAUUAAACAUCCAAUAACAUCAACAACAUAUCAGGAAUAUAUAUUAACGGCUGAUCGAGAUGAAAAAAUUCGUUUAAGUCAUUAUCCAAAUGCAUAUAAUAUUGAAGCAUAUUGUCUAGGACAUCAAGAAUUUGUAUCAAAUAUUAAACUGAUCAAUAAUAAUCAUUUUAUAUCAACAUCGGGAGAUGGUACAUUACGCCUAUGGUGUAUUCCCGAGUGUUCACCAUUAGUUGUAUUACAUAUGAAAGCGUUUAUUAGUAGUGCAAAAUCCGUAUUUUACACAGGUAAAGAGACUGUCUGUUCACGCAUUAUUAAUGGUGAUGAUAAACAAAUUGUUGAUUAUAUUACUGCAUCAAGCGGUAAUGAUAUGGAUUUAACAGUAACAGUCGAUUCAACAUCAUCAAUUCAAGAUUAUUCAAUAUGGAAAGUAGAUGUUGGUUCAUGUUGUACAGAUAAUGAUAAAAAUCAUGACAUUUUCGAGACGAAUCCAACAUUUAUUGCUCUCUCUUUAUAUUCUCAACGUCAUCAUUGUAUUUAUAUAACAACAUUAUCAAAUAUUAAAACAAUGAAUAAUGAACAAAAAAAACUUGUUAUUGACCAUAGUUAUGGUUCAAUAGUUGAUUAUUCAUUUUCACCUAAAUCAAUUCUUAUUGAACACUAUUAUUCGACAAAACCAAAAUGUUUACUCUACGUUUUAUUUGAUACAAACAGAUUAUUACAAAUUGAUAUAAUAGAAAUUUUAACAUGUUCAACGAAUUAUAAAUUUGACACAAGCACAUCCUCAUCCAUUGAAUCCGUUAAUCAAAUACUGUCAUCCAAUGAGUUUUUUCUAUGUAAACCAAAUGAUUCAGCAUAUAAACAAUUAUUUAAAACACGAAUUGAUAAUAUAAAAGAUUAUUAUAAACGAAAAACGGAACGUGAACAACAAUUGAAAUCCAAAAAACGACAUGCACAAGAUGACUCAUUAACCGAAGAAAACAUACAGCAAGCGAGAAAACAGCCUGCAACAGAAGCGAGUAAAAACCUAGUGAAAGGUAUUGACAACGAUGGAAUUGAUUAUGAUGACACUUAUCAAGACGAAGAUGAUGAAAACAAUGAUAUCGACUGA